AUGAUACAAGGGCGGCUUUACAUUCAGGGGGAUCAUUUUUAUUAUAACGGCCAGAGGGUAUUCUUCAGUGGAGUAAACCAGGCAUGGGUGUCUUACGGUUAUGACUGGGGAAAUAACCAAUAUCAGUACAGACGAAGUAAGUUCCAGUCUGUGAUCAAUGCAGUCAAGAACAAUGGUGGAAACUCAAUUCGUGUUUGGGUUCACGUAGAAGGACAGACAUCUCCGGAAUUUGAUCACACAGGUCACGUGAGUGGAACAGACUCCAGCAAUUCCUUGAUCAAUGAACUGAAAGAAUAUUUGCAGUACGCUAGGAACCACCAGAUUUUUGUCUUUCUCUGUUUGUGGAAUGGCGCAGAAAGAGGCAGCACAAACGUCCGUUUGGAGGGAUUAAUAAAGGACACUGGCAAACUCCGCAGCUAUAUCAACCAUGCUCUCAUCCCAAUGGUGAAGGCUCUGAAAGACCAACCUGCAUUAGCUGGCUGGGACAUAAUCAAUGAAAUGGAAGGCGUCAUCAAUCCUAAUUUACACAAUUCUGAACAGUGCAUUGAUACCACCUUCUUAGGUCCUUCUGGAGCGGGAUGGAAAGGUCACAUCUAUUCAGCAGAACAACUUCUACGAUUUAUAAACUGGCAAGCCGCUGCUAUACGUAAGACAGACCCACAAGCCUUGGUGACAGCUGGAUCGUGGAACCCAAAAAGCAACACAAACAUGAAUGGAAUGAAGAACCUCUAUAGUGACCAUUGUCUCAUCAGAGCCGGACAUGAUAAUGCAGGUACUUUGAAUUUUUAUUCUACGCACACGUAUGACGACAAAAAUACUCAUCAAUACGAUCCUUACUCGCCCUUCAAACACACGAAGAAUCAAUACAAUUUAAAUAAACCUUUGAUAAUCGCCGAGUUUAACCAGGUGCGAGGAGGACAUCAAACUAUUGAACAAUUGUUUACAUACGCAUUUUACCAUGGUUACGCUGGAGCAUGGUCUUGGCACGCAAACGCGGACGGAAGCGAUACUGACACCUUAGCAACACAGGAAGCAGGAAUGAGGUCUCUCAAAGGGAAAAAUGACCAAAGAAACGGCGGACUAGUCAACUUUACGAUUUAGACAAUUUAUAGUUUUUUGUUCAAAUAAAUAAAGAA